AUGGCCAGGAUUACCUCUAUUAUAAAGGUCAUUAUCGGUGUGUUGGUCACAGCGACCGCAACCUCUAUCCCAACUCGAUCCUCGGCUGCUGCUGCUGCUCUCUCCUCGCUGGGUGUUUCUCUUCCAGCUGGCGAUGUUCUCGUCGGAAAUGCCGGGUUCACCUGUAGCCUCUUGAAUCAUGCCUUUCCCAAAAAUGAGACCUUCACAGUGACCUCGCCCUACUAUGAUGUUUUGAUCGACGAAGCCUGGUCGCAGAAUUGCCGAUUGAAUGCGUCCUGCGUUGUAACGCCUGAUUCCGCCCAUGAGGUCUCGCGCUUGUUGCAGAUCCUCGGUUCUCUAGAUACCAAAUUUGCCAUUCGUUCCGGUGGACACAAUAUUAACCCUGGAUUCAGUUCAAUCGGUCGCAACGGGGUGUUGAUCACUCUCGAGAAGUUGAACACCAUUUCCAUAAGCGCUGAUCGUGGAACUGUCACUGUCGGCCCUGGUAAUAGAUGGCAGUCUGUAUACAAGUACCUCCAGUCGUAUAAUGUCACGGUCUUGGGUGGUCGUGAAGCGGUUGUAGGCGUUGGCGGAUACAUUCUUGGUGGUGGUCUCAGCACUUUCUACAACACCCACGGAUUGGCUAUUGACAGCGUCACCCGAUUUCAGGUGGUACUUCCCAAUGGAAAUAUUGUCAAUGCCACUUCAACCGAGCAUGCCGAUCUAUAUAAAGGCCUAAAGGGAGGUCUGAACAACUUCGGCAUCGUGACUGAAUAUGAUCUCACUACCAAUACCGGCAUCGAUGCCUACUACGAAAUAAACACCUACACUGUUGCCAACACACCCGCCGUGCUUACGGCCUACGCGACGUAUCUUUUGGAUGCGGAUAUCAACAGCAAUGUGGAAAUUCAGAUUAACCCCAACUAUACCUUGGUCUUCUACGGAUAUAUUGGCCAUGUAUCCACGCCUGCAGCCUUUGAUCCAUUCGCUGACAUCCCCGUGGCCUCUACAUUGUAUCCACCGACAAACGGGUCGCUCAGUGAGCUUCUCCUCACGAUUGGCUCCGCCGGACUGACUACCGAGGGUGUAUCCUACGGCGGUACGUUCACAUUUAAGGUGACGGGGCCGACAUUCUUGCAGGAUACGUAUUCGACCUAUCUCGAAGCCGCUUCCUCUAUGCCUUCAGGUGCGGUACUCUCCUACGUGCCUCAAGGUGUCAUUCCGAACUUAGUGACCCAAGGCAAGUCCCAAAAUGGAGGAAAUUUGCUAGGUCUGGAGGCCACACCUCAGGUCUGGGUUAAUAUAUUCGCUCAGUUCCCACCGACACCCAGCCAAUCGAUGGUGACGGGUACGGUGGACUCAUUGCUUGCCAGUCUUACCUCCAGCGCAAAGUCACAGGGUCUUUUGCUCUCGUAUAUCUUCGUCAACGACGCGGGUCCCAACCAAAAGCCCCUGCAGUCCUUUGGGGAAAAGAAUCUCAAGUAUAUUAACACCGUGGCGAAAAAGUAUGAUCCCAAGAGAGUCAUGCAAAAACUGCAGAAUCAAGCAUACUUUGUUUCGAAGGAGUUGUAA